AUGGGGGUCUUCGCUCUUACUACGGGACUCGAGAGUCCCUCGACGCCAGGAUUCUGGGUCCUCGCGUUUCUUAGCCUUGUGGCUACCUUUGCUGUGAAAAGAAAAUACUCCACUGCACUUCGCGAUAUCCCUGGCCCAUUUUUGGCGUCUUUUUCGAGUUUGUGGAAGGUCUAUCAAGUAUGGAAGGGUCACACCGAGGAGGAGAUGAUAAGAUUGCACAAGAAGCAUGGCUACUUCGUGCGCAUCGCCGAGAACGAAGUCAGUGUGUCGCAUCCAGAUGCCGUCAGGCAAAUCUUGCACGCCAAAAUUGUCAAAGGUCCCAUGUAUGCCAUCUUCAGCAUCCCAGACUAUCACUAUGUCAACCAGAUGUCCGAGCUCAACCCACGCCGACACAUUGAAAAGACACGCAAUGUGGCGGCAGGAUAUGCGCUUUCCAACAUCAUCAAAUCCGAAGCCUAUGUCGACACUCUGCUCCAACUCCUCAAAACACGGCUCGACGGGUUAAGCGAAUCUGGCACCCCCGUCGAGUUUGACCGCUGGUUCAAUUACUUCGCCUUUGACGUGGUGGGAGAAGUCACCUUCUCCAAGUCCUUCGGCUUUGUCGAGAGCGGCACUGACAUCCGCAAUGCUAUCGCUAACACCCGCGCUCUGGCGCUCUAUAUCGCCCUCAUGAACCCCUAUGUGCGGCUGCACAAUCUUACGCUGGGCAACCCACUGCUCAGUCGGCUGGGGAUUCAGCCCUCGUCGCACAUCUUCGACACAUGUCUCGCAGCGAUUGAUGCCCGCAAGAACAACCCUGACUCCCGUAACGACAUGAUGGAGCGCUGGCUGCAUGUCCGUGCGACAUACCCGGACCGCAUGGCGGAGAAUGAAGUCUUUGCGGUUGCAGUAGCGAACAUCGGUGCUGGCGCAGACACGGUCAGCGCGACGCUGCAGGCACUGGUGUAUCAUCUGCUUCGUAGUCCGGGACAUCUUCAGCGUCUGCGUGCGGAGAUCGAUGCGGCCAAGGCAAAGGGCGAGUUGUCUGCCGUGGUGCAGUAUGCUGAGGCGCAGAGACUGCCAUUUCUACAAGCUUGCAUCAAAGAGGCGUAUCGGUUUCACUCGGCUGUAGGCCUGGGACUACCGCGGGUCGUUCCUAAGGCUGGAAUGACCAUAGCAGGGAGGCAUUUUACCGAAGGGACCAUUCUAAGUGUCAAUCCAUGGGUUUUCCAUCGGAAUCCUGCGCUUUUCGGCGCCGACUGCGAUACAUUCAAUCCCGAGCGGUGGCUCGACAAGGAGCGAUGUGCAGAGAUGGACUCAUACUUGAUACACUGGGGUGCCGGAUAUAAUCAAUGUCCCGGCCGUAAUCUCGCGCAUUUCGAGAUCUCCAAGCUAGCGGCCACGCUGUUCCGCGACUACGAGAUCGAGCAAAUUCACCCGAAGCAGGAAUGGAUGUUUGAGAAUCAUUUUACCGUAGUUCCGUACAACUGGCCGUGUCGGAUCCGCCGGCGCUGA